GGACGUCACGUCCGGGACGGGGCCUCCGCGUCCCCUCGACCUCGGCGCGGCGGCCGCCGGGAGGAGCGGAGCGAUGGCGGCGGUGGCGGUGCGGAGCCUCCCGCUGCGGCCCUACGGGCGCCUCCUGCUGCCGCGGGCCCGGACUGCGCCCGCCCCGGCCACCAUGUCCUCCUUCGCUGGGCUGUCCCGCGGGGGCAAGGUGGCCCUGUCGGCGCUGGGGCUGCUGGCGGCGGGCGGAGGGGGCCUGGCCCUGGCCCUGCGCUCGGCCGUGGACGCCGGCGAGCUGGAGAUGCACCCGCCCAGCUUCCCCUGGAGCCACAGCAGCCCGUUGGCUGCCCUUGACCACGGCAGCGUGCGCCGCGGGUUCCAGGUGUACAAGCAGGUGUGCUCCGCUUGUCACAGCUUGGAGUACGUGGCCUUCCGCAACCUCAUCGGCGUCACACACACCGAGGCGGAGGCCAAGGCGCUGGCCGAGGAGGUGGAGGUGAUGGACGGCCCGGAUGAGAACGGGGAGAUGUUUAUGCGUCCCGGCAAAAUCUCCGACUAUUUUCCCAAACCUUAUCCCAACCCCGAGGCGGCACGAGCUGCCAACAAUGGGGCGCUGCCCCCUGACCUCAGCUACAUCGUCAACGCCCGGCACGGGGGCGAGGACUACGUGUUCUCUCUCCUCACCGGCUAUUGCGACCCCCCAGCCGGCGUGACAGUGCGGGAGGGGCUGCACUACAACCCAUACUUCCCGGGCCAGGCCAUCGGCAUGGCCCCCCCAAUCUACAAUGAAAUUUUGGAAUAUGAUGAUGGCACGCCGGCCACCAUGUCACAGAUCGCCAAGGACGUCUGCACGUUCCUGCGGUGGGCAGCAGAGCCAGAGCACGACCACCGCAAACGGAUGGGUUUGAAGAUGCUGAUGAUCUCGGGGCUCCUCAGCUGCCUCCUCUACUACAUGAAACGCCACAAAUGGUCUGUGCUGAAGAGCAGGAAAAUGGUCUACCGGCCCCCCAAGUAGGGGGCAAAGCGGGGUGCCCCCCACCCCAGCUGCACCACCUGGGCCACGCACAACCCCUGGGCUGCGGUGGGGCACAGCUGGCAGCGCGUGCCCCCACUGUGGCUCCUUAUUUAACAUGGCCCUCGGCCCCAGCCAGGCACCGCUGCUCGCCCACCGCGGCGCGGGCAGCACCUGCACUCGGAGGGGCUGGGGACACAGAAAUAAAAUCUCAUUCAAGGGGA